CGCUGGGAGGCAUCAGUGCUGACCACCGAGCCGCUAUGCUGCCCCAUGAAGAAUAAUAUUAGUAUGAUGAUAAAAUAUACAGUGAGAAACAAAUGACAUCAAGUGAAAUCAAUACUAGUGUCUCUUUAAAAUGUGCCUCAUGUUUUUAACUGACUGGAAAUUGCUACACAACUACAGAACCAAACAACCAGGAAAAGACUGAAUGAGCUGCAGUCACACCCUCAUAUAUAGAAAGAGACAGACUGACUGUAAUAAGUCCUGCACUACACAGAUUGUUCACUAGAGGUCUCUUCUUCCUCAAAGUCAUCAUGAAGAAGGAAGUGAUAGUUGUGGUGUGAAGCUGCUUGUAGACACACUCACUCUAACCAAUAGUUCAUUCUGUCUUCAGUCUGUAAGAAGACGGCUGAUGAUUUUAACCUCCAUUCAUUCAUGUUUAGGACUUUUGAUAAAGUCUCACAGUAACAGCUGUAGCUUUAAUAAGUUCAUUAGAAGAAUCAACUUCCUGAUCAGACGCUGGAGUCGACAACAGUCAUGUUCUUGGUAGAAGCUGGAUGUUUGAUUAUGACUUUGAUUCUGAACAUCUCAGGAGUUCAGGGGAAACCAACCAGCAUCUGUGCCUUAAAGGGUUCAUCAGUGACUCUGUCCUGCUCAGGUCAACGUCACACUGCAAACAAGAGAUGGUACAUUGUCAACAUGAGUGGUUCAAUACAUGAUUCUACUGAGAUUUCUACAGAUGGGAAUCAAGGAAAGUACAGCGUGUCAGAAGAAAGUAACUUCACUCUGACAAUCAAUGAUCUAAAAGAAAAUGAUACAAAAUAUUACUGCUUCACAGAAACUAACAAACUAGACAACUGCAAACAGCGAAACAUAAUUUACCUCCAUGUUACAGACCUGCAGGUAAAGGUGAUUCCUGCCACAGAGGGACAGACAGUGACACUGAUGUGUAGCACCAGUUGUCCUCGGACUGAAAACCUUGCAGCCUACAUCUGGUACAAGAACAGAGAGUUUCUCUAUGAGGACUGGUCUCCCUGGUACCAAGAGCUGGUCAGCAGUGAGGAAGCAGUCACAUACUCCUGUGCUGUCAAAGGCUACGAGGAUCUCAGAGCCCCUGAAGUCUCAGUGGAUUCAGUCACUCCGACCUGCUUCAGUGUGACCUACGCUAAAGGGAGAAUGUGUUCUUAUCAGCAGACGUCAGUAGAUGAGUCCUGCUCCAUCACAUAUCCCAGAGAAAUCCAGGUCCAAAGGAUUCCUCCAGACAAACCAGGUUAUAUCAGACUGACCUGUAACACCAGCUGUCUUCAUACUGACACUCUGACUUCAUUUACGUGGUUUAUCAACAGACAAAUAGUCAGAAACAAGGAGAACCAACAGGUUUCAGUUAGGAAAGCUUUUACUGGAAGUUUGUCUUGUGCUGUAAAAGGUCUUGAGGAUCUGCGCUCUGCUGACGUCUGCGUAGAGGAGAAGAAAUGUUUGAGAGUGAAUUAUAUCAGCAGAAGUAUCUGUGCUCUGAAAGGAUCCUCUGUGAACAUUUCCAGUGAAUACUCUCAUCCUGACAACCAGCAGCCACAGUCUGAACUUUGGUAUAAAGUAAAGAGAAAUACUGAAGAGGAAGAUCAAUGGCUGACUGGAGAGACACGUAAUGUGAAGUUUCAUGACAACAUGAAGAACCAACACAUCCUCACAUUAAACAACCUGAAGAAGAAUCACUCAGCAGAAUACAUCUUCACAAUCAAAACAAACUAUGAACAAGUGUUUGGUUCUCCUGGAGUCUCUCUGGUUGUCACAGGUCUGAAAGUGAAGAUAAGUCCCUCUCCAGUGGUGACAGAGGGUCAGAGAGUCUCACUGACCUGCAGGACCAGCUGUCCUCUACCUGCUAACACAAACUACAUUUGGUACUUCAACAAUCGACCUCUGAACCUGACACACAACCAAAGCAAACACCUGCUUCUAGACCCAGUCAGCAGUCAGGAUGCAGGAAACUACUCCUGUGCUGUCACAACCAACAGAGACAUCAACUCAGCUCUAAAGACUCUCACUGUCCAAACUAAACAAACAUCUAAACUGAACCCAGCAGCAGCUGCAGGAGUUUCUACAGUUCUCCUGAUUUUAAUAUCUCUCAUGGUCUUCUUGUGGAUUAGAAAAAAAAGAACUUCCAGUCAAUCUCCCAUGAAUGACACCUUGGACAACUUGGAGCAGAUCAACUGUGGUGAUGACGACUCCUCAGCUCAACCAGCAGAGCAGGAACUUCUCUACAGCAGAAUCCACUUCUCAGAGGACAACACAGAUCCUAUCUACUCCCUCGCAAACCCACCUCAGUCCCAAGACCAAGAGAUGGUCCCCUACGCUGCUGUCAAAUUUAGGUCUAAUUCAACCUCUGAGCUCAAUGACCAGGCAGAGGAUACCUAGAGACUGUACAACACAGCAAAGGACAACUCAAAGAGACAGACAGACGGACAGAUUUGAACGUCCACCACAUGUUUUCGGAACUGAAACCAUGAACUUUUUAUACAGGUUUACUCAUUUUCAUGACUGUGUGUGACUCUCUCAGGCUUUUUUAUUAUUCUCAGUCAGAUACUGAGCAAAAAUAUCUUUAUGGUGAAUGCCAAGUGAUACUAUAGUACUACGUAUAUCACACAGUGUAAAGGCUACAAGAAAACUGUACUGUACACUGUAGCUAUUAAAGUACAUACAAAACAUGGCAACAGGAAAGUUCACAUUUAAGAAAAUACCACUGGACUAGUUGUCAUAUAGACCAUAGACAUUAAUACGUAGACGCCUCGUUGACUGGGUUGGCCCGCUGAUGUGACGUAAGUGCGUGUCCGCCAUAUUGGAGGAGGCAAAGCUGCGCUGUGAAGUAAUACAAAUAGGAUUUUAAAGUACAUUUUAAAAUCCAGAUUCUUGACAGGGUCUCGAAAGAGAGACCACAUCACCCCUGUCCUUGCCUCCCUCCACUGGCUGCCAGUUACAUUUCAAAUUGAUUUUAAACUUUUUAUUUGUAUAUAAGAAAGGAGCAGCCCCCUCCUACCUGUCAGGACUUCUACCUCCUUACUCCCCUUCCAGGCCCCUCAGGUCCACUGACCAAGGGCUUUUAAAAGUUCCAUGGUCUCUUCAUAAACUCAGGGGUGAUUGUGCUUUCGCGGUUGCUGCCCCCAGACUGUGGAACAGCAUCCCCUCCUCUGUCAGACUUGGCCCCUCCAUUGACUCUUUCAGAUCAAGGCUCAAGGACUUCUUUACCUUAGCUUUGUUUCUUCACUUAAUUUUUGUACAGCACUUUGGUCAACCUCAGUUGUUUUUAAAUGUGCUUUAUGAA